CAAGCGAAAUACGCAAAUAUCUUUUGAAUAUUGCAAAGUGAAAUACGGCUUUUGGUGAGUGUGAAAUAGAUUUGUUGCAACUACAGUCUACGAGUAAUUGUUUGUACGGGUAUUAAUCCUGGUUAACUAUUUGAGAUAAAUUUCAAAUCAUUUGAAUAAAAAUACCAGCGUCGCUAGGUCUCAAUUUCCCCCCAUUCAUGCCAUUGGCAUUGUUACUAUUGCUAAAGGUCUAAAGCGAAACCAAUGUCUAUUCUAUUGUCUGUACAAAAGUUCAGUUCUUUGAUUUUAGUACUAUAGAGUUUGAUUCCCUUGUCGGUGUAGAAAUUCUUGGAUGGGGAGAAAAUGUCGCCUUAACAGUUUAUCUCGAACUAAUAUAGCUAUCGAGCAUACCAAUAAGUCAGUGAAGUUAGUUAGGUUUCCUCCCGUCGUAACACUGAACUAAUGAGGAAUGAUUCUUACUGGACCUCUAGGGAUAAAUUUCGAAUCGCAUAUAAACAAAAGGGAAGAAGGCGAUUAUUUUAGGCGAAUUGUGAACUCCAGAUCGACAGCACAGCUUAGAACUGUUAGAGUCAUCCAGAAUAAAUAAAGACAACAUAAAUUUUUUACUUUUGUUCUUUUCUGUGUAUAGUAACACGUACUAGCAAAUAUACAGGCCUGCCAAGUUUGGAAGAUAGGAAUAAAGGAAUACCGAAUGGUUUUCCGUGCAGGAUUGCGUGAUCCAUGCACGAGGGAUGUCGCGAGACUUUCGGAAAGCGUAAAAAUACUCGAGCCGUAGUCGAGUGUAUUUUUACGCUUUCCGAAAGUCGAGCAACAUCCCAAGUGCAUGGAUCACGCCUAUCCUGCUUGGAAAACCAUUUGGUAAUUGUUUUAUAAAAUAUAAAGUAUAAACUACAGUGAAAUAAUGCGGGCGUUUAGUUGUGAAUCCCGCGAAGGCAUUUUAAUUCCCCGUACAGGAUAGCCUGAUAAAAUGUCUAAAGAUAGAGUGCUGUAAAAUGUCUUGCACAACAGCCCUUAAAAUGUCAUGCGGAACAGCCGUUACUGCAAAUGUAAGUUAGGAUAAAUUUAUACUGAACUGAUAAGUCCUUUUUGUUUGUGGAAAACACUGUCAUUUGAUGUGAGUGAAUCUAGACAAUCUAAAGCCUGGUUUUCACUUAUCAAAGUUUCUGUGAUCACAGUAGGAAUUUUUGCAUGCGUAAAUUCUAAGUUUCGAAGGAUUCGUACUCAUGUUUAACACUAGGUUUCCUCAAACAUUUCUCACAAAUCCUUCAAAAUCUAGGAAUUUACCUAUGCAAAAUUCCUAUCGUGAUCACAGAAACUUUGAUAGUGUAAACGUGUGAACUGAAGCGACUUUUCAAAGUUGUAACUGUGAAUUUAUCAUUAUAUAUACACAUUAGUACAUUACACAUAACUACAGUGAUAAAAUCGCUUUCCAGUCACGGUGCGUGUACUCUCAGACGGGGAAAAGACAGUACUUCCGAAUGGCAGAUUAACCGAGCAUGAGAAAGACUAAUAAGCACUUCCCUCUGCGCGCAAAAAUUAAAAGCUGGAAUUGCCCAGGGGGUGACGGGAAAAGUAAGGUAUCAUAUUGCUGAUUAUGCUGAAAAAUUUCAAUAAAAACUGCCGAAACAACCCAAAUAUUUCAAUAUUUACAAGUAUAAGCUAUCACUCCGUGAUUACACGGCCGCCAUUUUUAUUUUUUCAGCAUAAUCAGCAAUAUGACACCUUACUUCCCAUCCCCUCUGCACGCAUAAACAAAGCUGGAAUUGCCUAUUGAAUUUUGCGUUCAAACUCACUAGAUGUCGAUGAGAAGUUAAAGAUUCAAGAAACGGACCAAAGACAAUGGAUGAAAAUUUCACCAACCAUUCAUCGUGGUGGCUACAAUGCAUUAAGUGUCACAAAGAAGUGGUAAACGCCUCAGACGUACGGUUGGCACAAGUGGGCUCAGAUGGAGGCCUUCAUCUCGCUCUACGACCGGAGCUUGAACCCCGGAUAGAUUUAGUCAUCGAGAAACGGCAGCAUCCAAAGCCUGAGCGAAGAAAGGAAGCUCCCUUUAAGAUGUACUGCUUGAACGCAGGUUGUCCCCAAGACCUGGGCGUGUAUCAGUUGUUGGAAGAUCGAUUUUUUUACGUCUUUAGUUCCAAGUCCGUCCGUUUCGGAUCGAGGAGCGGCGAUGUUGCGAAGAUUAAACGAUGGAAGGAAAGUAAGGCGGAGCUUGAAAGGAUGGGAGUUCAGGUGUUGCAGGUUGGUUUUAGUGGCUUUGCACCUGCCCCAGACACAGAAUAGGAA